AUUAACAGACAGUGUGUCCACAGGCUGAAAAUGGUGCACCCUUUACGGCAAAAUGUAAUACAUGCUUAACACCUAAGCUUCACCAGUGUUUUAGCAUCGGAAUGAGACUGGAAUACAAUACACAAGACGUGCCACAAAACAGCGCCAAAUGUGCCAAACGAUCGCGAAGUAACACCACUCAAGCGACUGGGUUUGUGCCAAAUCAGGGCACUAAUUACAACGUUGUUCCGGGUCAUAAUCACCCGGGUCCUCAUUCAACAAAUACAGUCGCUACCCAACAAACUAAUCAAGGCUAUACAUACCCGGCUCAGACAUAUACACAACAAUUUAAUGCAUACAAUCAGGGAAUAAAUGCGAGUGCAGUGCACACCUCGACAUCACCACAACUGUCAGCUAACACUUCGACGAUAAUUGCGGCUAAUAAUGGUAAUCAAGGCCUGAAUGGACUGCAAACAAACAAUACGAUAACCACUCCAACAAACAGUUCAUUAGAUAAUAGGAUCGAAGACAUGAUUUUCACAUUUGUUAAUAAGAUUGACCUAGGACAGAUGAGCACUAAUGGGGAUCCACUGUUAGAUGAAAUGAAAAAAAUCCAACAAAACGAGCAUGAAAAUAAGUGCCGUAUUCAGCAUAUUAGGAGAGUGCUGAAUGAUCCAGGUCGAUUGAAACAGUUCCUGGAUAACACGGGCUCUCACGAGUUGGCCAAUGAACUAGUGGAAAUGUUCAAAAUGGACUACCCCUGGCCAUAUCGCCCUGACCUACCAGAAUUACCAGUAGUACGGGCAUCGGAAUUGAGAUCAGGGAAUACCCGAUACUUUUUCAUGGACUCCAGUCCCAGGGGUCGGGCCAUUGUGUUUAUCUGUGCCGAUGGACUGGACAGGGAGGCGGACAGAUGGGAGUCCAUUUUGGGACAGUUAGGCUUCGAGCAGGACGUCUACAGAAAAGCCAAAUGCUCGCAGAUAAGGGAUGUGUUGUUGGGAGUGUCGGGUCAGCCCUUCGACGCCGACGCCCUGUUUGUGAUGUUUAUCGGCGGCCGAUAUGACGAAAAAAUUCACGGAUACGGAGGCAAUGAGAUGUGGAUCACAGAAAUUAAUCCCAAACGACGAGCGCCGCCACAAAACAUUACCAAACGUGCCAAACCUCGCCUCAAUGAUACGACUAACGCGAAUGGGUUUAUACCAAAUAAGGGGUCAACACAACCAUCAUUUACUACUUCAACGACAGUAGUGUCCGAUCAGGGACCAGUUGUGGCUAAUAAUGCCGUCGAAGUGCAACAUCCAUAUACGAGUCCCACUACUGCUGACCUUUCCUAUCCAAAUAUGAGCACAGGUAAAGUAUCGCAAAUUGAUCAGGUGGCUACUGUUGAGAUGACAUCCACUGAACCAAUAAUAGGAACCGUGCCCUUCACUGUUGAUAGUGAUAACGUGAUUAUAGCGAAUGAGUCGCAUCUUCCGGAGGAUUUGGCCAGUUUCAUCAUCGGUGAGGAAACCGGAGACCAAAGCAGUGAGCUGAAGCACCAAGGUAGAAUGAAAGAGUUCCUGGAUAACACGGGAACAAACCCGUUGGCUAAAGGAGAACUAGUGUCACUGGUGGGCAUGUACAAAAUGGAGGACUUCUGGCCAUAUCACAAUGAUUUAACGGAAUUACCAGUUGUACCGGCAGAGAAAUUGAGAUCAGGGGACACCCGAUACUUUAUCAUGGACUCUAAACCGAGGGGACGGGCCAUAGUGUUCAUGUGCAUCAAUGGAGUGGAUAAGGAGGAGGACCGAUGGGAAUCCAUUUUCGGACAGUUAGGCUUCGAUGUCGACGUCUAUACAAAGGCCAAGUGCUCGAAAAUAAAGGAUGUGUUGUUGGGAGUGUCGGGUCAGCCUUUCAAAGCCGACGCCCUGUUUGUGAUGUUUAUUGGCGGCGGUUAUGACGAGAAAAUCCGCGGAUACGGAGGCAAUGAGAUAUCGUUCACAGAUAUUGUGGACAUAUUUUCCGACACUAAUUGUGUGUCUCUGCGAAACAAACCGAAAAUAUUUGUUUUCAACACUUUCUCUAUUGAUACUACAGUUUUAGGUAAUCAACCAGGUGCCGGUCCCUCCACUACAGCCCUUACCUCUCCCACAAUUUUGGGCUCAUCUCCAGAAUGUGUUAACAAGGAAAAUGAUUUAUUAACGGAACUGAUGGCAGACAUUGAGAUGAUAUCUACUGACGAGAUGGUAGACAAAGGGACAAAGAAUUUGAAUCCCAAUCAAGACUUCACUCAACAAUCACCGCAAACAUCAGUUCAUAAUACUAUGGCAGUUGAGUCCUAUCAGAGAGCACUGGUAGCUCAGUCGGCAACCUUUGGAUCCACUCAAACCAUUGCUCACAAUAAUAUAAUUGCGAGACAAACGGACACUUCCAUUGAUGACAUCAUCGAAGAUAUGAUAUUUACAUUUAUUAACAAAAUUAACCUGGGAUUGGUUCCUACUAGUGGCGAUCCCUUAUUAGGCAAAAUGAAACAACUUCAAGAAAACAUGAUUAGGGAGAUUACGCACAAGUUUGAGAGUUUGGAGCCUUUAUGUGACUUCGAAAGGAACUGGCGAUGGAUUGUGGUGUUGGGUCAGUACGACUGCAAUAUCGAGUUAAUUGGUGUCAUUUCAUUGAAAUGCUUCCGAGGGAAAGGGGUGGGUAUGGGGUAUGGGGUCAGUCGUGGACAGACAGUCACAGACAUACNCUUAGAGAUAGAGAGACAGGCAAUGGCGGACAGACCACAGGACGUGCCACUAAACAACCCAAUAGGUCACCAAAAUAACACGACUCACACCAUUGAGACCGUGUCCAGUGAGGUGCCGGUGAUCAGUGCUAACACUGACCACCAACCGGCUCAUGAGGCAGCACCUACUGUGCCAACGGACACGCCUACGUCGCAGCCACCCUUUGUUGCUAGUGAUAGUGGUUUGACUCAACUACCGGAGCAUUCAAUCGCAAACAAUAGCCAUAAUAUGAGCCUUAAUCUAAUGGUAUCACAGACUGGUGGACAGGGGGAUACUAAUAUAGAUUUUGAGAAUCCUAUUCCCGGCCCCUCCACUGCAUUCCAGUAUCCAAAUAGUUUAAUCACUUUGUCUCUGGGAGGAGUGGACACGACAUCCACUCAAUCGGAGGCCGAUCCCUUGACAGUCAUUCCUAGUAAUUCAAGUAUUUUAAGCAGAUCCGUUACCAAGGAUCCCAGCCCACGAGCGCCGCCACAAAACAGCGACAGUCCUGCCAAACGUCGCCGAAAUAACACGACUCGCGCACCAGAGUCCGUGUCCAGUGAGGUGCCAGUGACCAGUGCUCACAUUGACCAUCACCCGGCUCGUGAGGCAGCACCUACUGUGCCAAUGGAAACGCCAACAUCGCAGCCACUCUUUGUUGCUAGUGAUAGUGAUUUGCCUCAACUACCGGAGCAUUCAAUCGCAAACAAUAGCCAUAAUAUGAGCCAUAAUCCAAUGGUGUCACAGACUGGUGGACAGGGAGAUAUGGAUUCAAGAAAUCCCACUGCAUCCCCGUCCCAUUCUGAUAAUUCAAGUUCUUUGUUAUCGGGAAGUAUAGUUAGUAUUGCAUCUGAAGAUUGGAAUUACUUAAUGGACACGAUUACAGAUGAAGUAUUAGAUCUCGAGUCGCUAACUAAUGAAGGAACAGUAGGUCAGGGACUGGAAUAUACGUAUACAAACGAAGCCCUUCCUCAACAACAACCUCAACCAUCAGCUAAUACUUCAACGGCAGUCGAGUCCUAUCAGACAGGACUCGCAUCCCAACCCAAUCCAAACAAUAAUAUACUACGGAAUCAAACGGACAACUCUACCGAUAAUAUUGUCUACGAUAUGAUUCACACGUUAAUUAAUAAAAUUAACCUUGGUUUGAUUGCCACCACUAACGGAGAUGAAUUAUUAGAUAAAAUAAAAGAAAUUCAAAUAUAUGAGAAUAAAUGCCAACAAAUGAUCAAGGCGAUAGCGGACGAGUUAAUGCAAAAGGGUCCAGGUGAGCUCAAACAGUUGUUGGCCAGGGCUGGACUGCUACAGGAAUCCAAGGCUGUGGUCGAGAUGUUCAUAACGAGGGAGCCCUGGAAGUGCACCACUGAUGUCGAGUUAAAAGUGAAAAAAGCACCCGAACUGCGAUCAGGAAAUUCGCGAUACUUUCAAAUGAGUUCCCAUCCGAGGGGUCGGGCCAUCAUAUUUGCGACCACAGAUGGCCUGGACGUCGAGAUAAUGCGAUGGAAAUCUAUUUUCGCACAGUUAGACUUCAAGUGUGAGGUAUAUGUGUACUUCACGUGCUCUGAGAUCAAGGAUAAGCUGUUGGAGAUGUCGUGUCAGCGGUUCGUCGCCGACGCCCUCUUUGUGAUGGUUAUCGGCGGCGGAUUUGAUCAGAAGAUCUACGGUUACGGCAAUCGUGAAGUCGAUAAUGAGAUGUCGUUAACAGAAAUUGUGGACAUAUUCUCAGCUAAUAAUCCUAAGAGUGAUGCGUCUCUUAGGAUGAAACCGAAAAUAUUUGUUUUCAACACUUUCUCUAUGGUUUUUGCGUUCAACUUAAUGGCGAUGAACGAGAUGGAUGGGUGGGACGGGUUGUCCUCAAAUGGCAACCAAAAUAAUUUGGUUCACGAAAGUGGUAAUGAAAAUACAAUGACUGAUACCCAGGACAUGGCUGAUAUAGAAAUGAUUUCGGAACCACCUACUCGCAACAACAGUAAAAACAGUUCGGACCAACAACCACCAACUGAUGAGUCCGUUUAG